CCCCCGGCGCAGCGCGGCCCGUUCCCGUCGCUGCCGGGCGGGUCCGCGGGCCCUGCGCGCCCAUCCCGGCCGGACAUGGCCGAGAGCGGCCCGGGGGCGGCCGCGCCGCGGGACGGGGCCGCGGAGGAGCCCGAGGGCGGCGGGCGGCGCUGGGGCGCUCAGCACGCCGGGGCCCGCGAGCUGGCCGAGCUCUACUCGCCAGGAAAGAGACUACAAGAAUGGAUCUCUGUCAUCUUAUGCUUCUCUCUGAUCUGCUUCAAUUUUUACAAUCUCCUCUUCUACCUGCGGCUGGAGCACGCGCCCUCGGUUCUCGUUGGCAUUUGUAAGUAGGAGCUCUGCUGCCCUGCUCAGGGCAAGGCUCU